AUGCGGUACCUCCAGGUCAUUCUGAUGGCGGUAGCCACCAUCCUGACGAUCCGCAGUGCCUAUUCAGUCGCCGUGGACAACAAGCAGUCGACGGUCGCAGCAGAAGCAGCCAACUGGCCUCGUUCCGACCACGUGGACGGCACUGCUGGGAAGCUGAGAACUGACAGCACCGCCGACAAGAACGACGACUCCAAGCGGCGCUUGUCACCCGAGUCGACCGCCGCCAACGACGAAGAGAGGACGUCCUUGGCCAGACUAGCUGCAGCUAAAGCCCAGAUCCGGUACUGGUCCUGGAUUGAGGCCAACCCGAACGUCGUGUACCGCGGGUUCGGCCUGCACAAGCUGAAUGGGGAGGCCCUCGAGAAGAGCAAGCUUCGCGCUCUAUGGAAAGCCUACGCAUUGAAAUGGAAGGGCAGACAGGCAACGAUCUCCAUCCGAUAA